ACAAAAAUUUGGGAUCCUAAUUUUUCGUGGAAUCCUCGAAGGAGAGAUGGAGAGGGGUAAAAAGUGGAAUUUAAUUUAAUAAAAAGUAGAUUUUAAUUACUACUGGAAUUUAACAAUUAGAAUUUAACUACUGGAAUUGAACUGGAAUUCUACCAGUUGAGUUUAACUAUUGGAAUUCUACCAGUUGAAUUUAACUGCUGGAAUUUAACUCCUGGAAUUUUAACCACCAGAAUUUUUACUGUCAGAACUUACCCAAGAAAAUGAGCACCAAAAUAUAUUCCUGCUUCCAAAUAUUUGCAUUUCUUCUAAUACAAAUUAUAUAAUAAAUAAUUAAAUAUUUGUUAGGAAAGCUGGAGAUCUUUAGUACCUCACUAGGUGAUUUGCAUAUGUUUUGAAUAUUCAUGUGCUGUAGCAAGACGGAGGAGCUGCAGUGACAGAGUGGGAAUCCCUUUCCCAAGGAAUUUUUAAAGGCAGGAUUGAUCCUUUGCCUCACUCCUGUGAGGAAGGAAAGAAAACGUGGAAUUUAAUGAGGCUGGACGGUGUUAGAACAGGUUGGACGAGCUGGAGCAGCCUUUCCAUCCCUGGAAUUAUUCCAGGUGUGGUUGGAUGGAGCUUGGAGCAACCUGGGAUAGGGGAAGGUGCCCAUGGAAUGAGAUGAUCUUUAAGGUCCAUCCCAACCCAAACCAUUCCGUGGGGGUUUUUUUUGUACAGCCUCAUCGUGGGAGGGUUUAGUGGAGAAGGCAGAGCUGGACGUUUCCCAUGGAAGCACAGUGAGGGAACAGGGAUGAGCAGGAAUGUGGGAAACUGGGUUAGAUGGAAUUUUGAAUCACCAAGAGGGUGAUGAAACACCUGGAAAAAGGGAGCAGGGAGGCUUCAGGAGACGCUCAAACUCACCUGGGCGAGGCUUUGAGCCUGAGGUUGAGCCUAAAACCUCUUCCAACCCCAGAUUAUUCGGGAAUUCUGCGCCAGCAUUCACAAAUCCCCAUUGCUGUGACUCUCCCAACCCAGGGAAGCCGCCAUGUCCAACCUCCUGCCUCCAGCAGCAGACGGGAACUGCUUCUACAUCCUGAUGGAGGACUGUGCCUAUGGAAGCAAAUACUUCCAAGCUGGCAACUUGUGCUUCUGCAGCGAGAGGAGCUACCUGCGGAAUUUUUCCGAGGAUGGGCCUCCGGCUUGCUUCCUGAAGGUCAUCAUGCUGGACGACAGCUCCACGGUCACCAUCAACCUGGAAGUCCUGCAGCCCGUGCGCCAGGAAGCCGCCGGGUUCCUCCUGGCCAUCGGAAGCCACAGCGAGCGCUUGAAUUUUUUCCUGGAGAGGCUGAGCCUGGAAGGAGCUCUCCGAGCCGUGCCGGGUCAAAACGUGAUGGUGGAGGUGGAGCGAGAAUUUUUCCCGGGAGUCGUGCGCUACAUCGGGAGCGUCUACAAGCCCAGCUUGGCUGUGCUGACUCCGGUGUUUUUCGGGGUGGAAUUGCAGGGAGAGGGGGAAAACAGAGGGAGAAGCGACGGAUCCUACCACGGCACCGAGUACUUCAAGUGCAAGAGGAACUGUGGGGUCUUCCUGCCCUUCAGCAAAGUCCAGUUUAUUCCCACAUCAGGCAACGAUUAUGGGAAGCAGAAGCCGGGAAAGCAGGACACAGAGGAGGUGGUCCCCGUGAAAGUGGGAGACGCCGUCAGCUUCUAUGUGGAUGAGAUUCUCACCAAAGGAAUUGCCAUGGCAGUUUACAGGGAAGGGAGCCAGUGGUUUGUGAAGGAAGAAGAAGGAACGACCGACAUUUUCAGGGAAAUCCCCAUGGAUUCUGUUGUGAAGGAGAGCUUGCAAAGUUUUUUCCCAACGUUCGACUCUGAUGUGGGCUUUGGAAAACCAAGCCAAAUGAAACGAGAGAUCAGCGAGAGCAGCGAGGAGAGAGAAAGUGGGAAUUCACCCCUGGAAGUGAACUCCAUGGUCCAGAUCACCUUGGACAAAGGGAAUCAAGUUUCGGGAAUCAUCCGCUGGUUGGGCUACCUGCCCCAAAUCAAGGACAAAAUGGCUGGAGUUGAACUGGAUGAAGACAAGGGGGUCACAGCUGGAGAGUGGCUGGGCAAGUCCUACUUCCACUGCGCCCCAAAGCGCGGCCUCUUCGUGAGGCUGAAUUCCUGCCAGCCUGACAUGCGCUUCCAGAGCUUUCCCAACUCUGACUUAUCCCUCGGGGAUUACAGAGGACAAGAAGUUCUUCCACAGGCUCCAGAGAGUUCUCCUCCCCUCAGGAAUGAGGCAGCAGUCCGUGUCCUCCGAGGGCGGAUGAAGGGCAUCCAAGGCCAUUGUAAUUCCUGCUACAUGGAUGCAGCUCUCUUCAGCCUCUUCUCCUGCACAUCCGUGCUGGACUCCAUGCUCUUCAUGCCCUUCCCACAGUGUGACAGGAAUGUCCAGGGAAUUCUGCGGGAUGAGAUUGUCAAUCCCCUCCGAAGGACUGGCUUUGUCCGGGCCAGCAGCGUGAUGCACCUCCGGGAGCAGCUCACGGACAAGGGCCAGUGCUCCAGCUUUACCAACGCUGAGAAAGAUCCUGAGGAGUUCCUCAAUCUCAUAAUGCAGCAGAUCCUGGGAAUUGAGCCACUAUUGAAGCUCCAGUCAGGAGGCCAGAAGGAGCAGGAAUGUUACUGCUACCAGAUAUUUAUGGAUAAACAGGAGGAUCUGGUGGUUCCCGACGUGCAGCAGUUGGUGGAACGCUCCUUCCUGUCCUCGGAUCUGAAGCUGGUGGAGAUCCCAUCUUGCUUCAUUAUCCAAAUGCCACGUUUUGGGAAGGAAUAUAAAAUGUUCAGCAAAAUCAUCCCUUCCUUGGAGCUGGAUAUAACAGAUCUGCUGCUGGACAGUCCCAGGGAAUGCUGCCUGUGUGGAGAUGUUGCCACUCUGGAAUGCUCGGAGUGUUUCAAGGACAAGGUGUUUGCAGCCACAGGCCUGAAGCAGUUCUGCAGCUCCUGCUCCAGACAGGUUCACUCCCAUCGCCACCGCAAAGCGCACAAACCCAGAAGGCUGCACAUUCCAGAGGAAUUCCAGAGCUGGAGCACCCGGGGCUGCCAGCAGGUCCCCCGGGAGAAGCUGGAGCUGUUUGCAGUGCUCUGCAUCGAGACCAGUCACUACGUGUCCUUCGUGAAAUACGGCCCUGGGAACGAGCACUGGAUGUUCUUCGACAGCAUGGCUGACCGGCACGGUGGUGAAAACGGCUUCAACAUUCCCACAGUGACGCUGUGCCCAGAAGUUGCCAAAUACCUGGACUUGCCCCUGGCUGUGCUGGCCCUGGAGCAGCCUCGGGACAUGGAUGGGGUGGCCAAACGCCUCUUUUGUGAUGCCUACAUGUACCUGUACCAGAGCAGGAAAAUGGCACUUUACAAGUGACACCGUCCCGGGAUGAUGUCACCGAGCAACGUCAGGAACGGGAGCUUGGAUCAUCCCUGAAGGUGGAAGCAUCCGAGUCUGGAUGCUCUGGGCUGCCUCUUCUCACCUCUCCUGGUGUCAAAUUAUCCAAGUCAGGCUGGGUUUGUUAAAUCCUGGCUUUUUCACAGUGGUAGUUGGGACGUGGGCACAGCUGGACUUGGAAUUAUUGAUGCUCAAAUUCAUUCUCGUUCCCCACAUUCCACAGUUCUCCCUCUCUGGGUACUCUGCAGCUGGAGCCUUCCCACAUCUUUUUUUCCCUGCUGUCCCUUCCCUCCAAAGCUGGGGACCAACAGAAAUCAAAACACAAGGAAUCACCCACAGGUUUACCAGGAGACCACAACCUUUCCUAAAACAUCCUGGAUUUGUGAGGAGAACCAGGUGUGGUUGAGAGGGCCCGGGAUGGAUUUUCCACACCUGUGUCCCUCAGUUCCCUGCACUUCCCUAAUCCAGCACUAACUGGCACUUUUCCCCACUCUCCCUUAUUUCCAAUCAUGGAUAUCCUGAGCUGAAGCUAUGCUUUAAAAAUAGGUAUUUUUCCAAGAACAAAACUGGAAGGAGGACUGAGCAGAGGAGCAACAUCUGGGCUUCUGCUGCUUCCUCUUUUUGGCAAAAUCCGCACAGAAUUCAGUGUUCCAACCUCACUUUUAGCGUCUGCUUCCAAGUUCUGGAAUUCCAAGGGCAAAAAUGGAAAAAAAAAAAAAAAAAAAUGAGCACUCUGGGCUUUCCUGCUGUGACUGCAGGAAGGUUUAGGGUUUGGGUGGGAACUGGUGUUCCUUAAGUUAAAUAAAUUUGUAAACUCGGGGCUUCUCUGCCGUUACGUGGGAAGUUGUGCCUGGAGUCAGUGGGAUGCCCAGAUUCCACAAAACCCCAAGGAAAGCAUCCAGGAGUCCCAGAUGUGCAGGUUUAACCCUGUUCCUGCUCUUUUUUCCCCCCUCUUUAAUGCCAAGUGCAGAAAUUUUAACAAAGCCUGGAGCUUUGGAUCGGUCCUGGUGGCUUGGGACGCGUGGUUUGGGAUCCUUUUGGCAUUCCAAGUGCAAUCCAUUCCAAGGGAUUCUUUCUCUCUGCUCAGCUGUGAUCGGUCACACCUGGAAUACUGGGUCCAGUUUGGAGCUGCCCAGUACAAGAGAGACAAAAUCCAAGGAAAAACCACAGAGAUGAUGAAGGGACUGGAGCAUCUCCUACGAGGAGAGGCUGAGGGAGCUGGAAUUUGCCCAGCCUGGAGAAGAAAAGGCUCAGGAAAUCUCCUCAAUAUCCAUAAAUACCUGAGGAGAAAGUGCAAAGACAUCUGGGAGCUUUUCUCUGCCCACCAAAAUGGUUCCUGAACAUCAGGAAUUGCAUCUUAGCCAUGAGGGUGCCAAAGGCUGGCACAGGUCACUCUCCUUGUUCUUCAUUCCUCCUCUCCCAAAAACUCAGGAACAUCUCUACUCAGGUACAAUGGACUCUUUCUCUUUGGUGCUUUGCUCUUAAAAAAAAAAAAAAUCUAACUUAUACCAAACUGA